GCACAGAUCCCCCCCUCGGCUCCUCUGAACCCUUCUGCUGCCGUCACCUCCCUCUGAGAGCUGUGCUUGUGCCACGCUGCUGAGCUGUCUCCUGGUAGCCUGCAGCUUGAAAGCCUCCUCCUGGCCUGCUGAAGUGGUGGAAAGCAGCACAGUUCUCUUCCCUUCAGUGCCCUUCCAGUCCUGAGCAAGCUCUUUCCUCUUCUGCUGCUGCUUCUGGACUCCACCACGAGAGCAUUCCCAACGGUCUGGAGAGCUGCUGCUGCUGCCAGGGCUACACACGGUGCCAACUGGGAGACUGCAGAGCAUCCUGGACCUGCACCUCCUUGCCUGGGGAGCCCAAGAUGAUACAACCCUAAUUGGGCAUCCUGGCAUCUGCCCGUGGGUUUGCAGCCACAGGAGACGUUUUCCCCUCCUCCAGCAAGCAGCUGGUGAGUGCCACCCACCCCUGUGGCUCAGGCUCUGAGUGGGUGAUGGAACACAGCUGUAAGUGCUUCUUGCUGGGAGGUGUCUGGCUGGGGGCAGAGGGUGGGGAAUGGCCUCUUCACCCUGGGCUCCUGCUGCCCUCCUCCUGGGGGCAGAGGGUAAUAAUCUCUGUGGGCAUCCCUCAACUCCCAGGCCUCUGCUCUGUGUGCCACCCUGCCCCCCUCCUGGCUGCUGCUCUAUGCCAGGAGGUGGCAGUCAGAGGACAUAGCCAUCCUGCCAGGGUGUCCCUGCCCUUUGGGCUCCCAGUACUACCAGUUCAGCCUCUGGCAGGGUGCCUGUCCCUACCAGCACCAGGAAGGCAAAACUUCCCACACAGCCAGGCACUGUGCCCACCCUGUGCUGGUAAGGAGGCUGGGCAGGACUGGGAGCAGCCAUCCCGGGCUGGGGCACAGCAGUUGUGCUCUCCACUGCAGGAGUGAUGUCUGCUGGAGCUCCUCUGCUUUCUCCCUUGGAACCAGUUGAACCAGUGGGUGAGGACCAGUGCCCAGCCUUGCUGUGGCACCGCUGGUGAGGCAGCUGUGUCACCCAGAGAGGAGGGGACAGGCAGGACAUGCCUGGCUCCAGCACACACCCAGCUCUGCUUCAGCUCCCACCCAGCUCCUGUGGCACUGCUCUGGGCAUGGACCCCCGGGCAGGGCAAGAGUCCUUCAGUGUCCUGGGCACUGCCCUGGCUGCGGGGCUGGGCUUGCUGAUCCUGCUGCUCCUGGGCUACACCUUCGUCAGGUGGUGCCAGCGGGGCCAGUGCUGCCGUGACCCCGACUUUGUCUUCAGCCUCUACCACACACGCGGGCUGGGGGCAGUGGCAGUGGAGCUGGUGCCACCGUUCAGCAUCAGUGGAGCACUGAGUGGGGCUGACAAGGGCUAUGAGCCCUUCCACAGCCAGGGGCAUUGAGGCAGGAGCCAGGCUGGCAUGGAGGUCCACAGAUCUCAUUGCGUUGGAAGGAACUACCCAAGGGCAUCUUGUCCAAGCCCCUGCAGGCAGCAGGGACACCUCCAGCAAGGCUGAGCUUGAAUGUAGGGACGGGAACACAGCCACAGCCCUGGACAGCCUGUGCCAGUGUUUCUCACCACCCUCACUGUGCACAACUCCCUCCUGAUGUCCAACCUAAAUCUGCCCUACUCCAGCUCUCCCCAUGCAGGCUUUAGGUUGUGUUUCCUCCUCCAUACCCUGCUGCCCUUGUGCUGAUGUUAAAGGUGGCUCAGAGUGACCUCUUGCACCCCUUCCCUGUGCUGGUCACCGUCCCUGUUCCUUGGAAACAGAAAGAGCAACCAAAACCAGCCCAGGGGAACUCCUCUGCUCUUGCUUCUGCAAAACCCAGCCCCCCCAAAGGCUGGAGUCUACUGAAACUACCUCUGCAGCUUCUGGUUUCAAAAGAGCUUCUCCACUCAUUCCCUGCAGCUGCAUUUCUCUUGCUGACCCUCCCUGGUGCCAGCUGCCUUCCAUGUGCUGAUGCCCUGGCACAGCCU